CUACGAUGUAUCAUACAUGACAAGAUGGAUACACUUUCCAUUCCGACUUGCUCCGUCUCACAGUUCCCCUUCAUUUCUGCCCAGAGACCAAAGUUCUGGUUCUGGCAAUCUAAAUCUUGAAGAUCAAAAGUCCAGCAGUGCCUCACUUCAAGCACGAAAAUGGCGAACGAAUUCAAAUUCUACCACUACGACCCCUCGAUAGCGGCAGCCGUCAUCUUCACCAUUGUGUUUCUCAUAACAACAUCCCUUCAUUCCUACCAACUACUGCAGACCCGGACAUGGUUCAUGAUUCCCAUGGUCGUAGGAGGAUUCUUUGAAUGGGUUGGUUAUGUUGCACGUGCGGUUUCUAGUCAACAGUCCCCAGAUUGGACACUGGGUCCAUACCUCGUUCAAACACUUCUCCUCCUCGUUGCACCUGCACUCUUCGCGGCAAGCAUCUACAUGGAAUUAAGUCGGGUGAUCAUCCUUGCGGAUGGCGAGUCGAAGGCGUUAAUCAAGAAAAAGUGGCUCACGAAACUCUUCGUUUGCGGAGACGUCGUGUCGUUCCUCCUCCAGGGGGGUGGAGGCGGCAUCCAAGCUUCGGGCACGCAGUCUGGUCUCGCAACUGGUUCGCAUCUUGUGGUCGGCGGACUCUUCGUCCAGCUCGUCUUCUUCGGUUGUUUCAUUGCAGUUGCGAUGCACUUCGAAGUUGUCAUGCGCAAAGUGCCGAACUCCCAAGCUCGGAUAGCGGUGCCUUGGCGCAAACAUCUCGUCGCUCUAUACGCAGCAAGCGUGCUGAUAAUGGUCCGUUCCAUUUUCCGCGUGGUGGAAUAUGUGCAAGGAUUCUCAGGGUACCUUCUAUCGCACGAGGUGUAUCUGUACAUGUUUGACUCGUUGCUGAUGUUUUGUGUUAUGGUUAUUUUCAAUAUCGUGCAUCCGAGCGAGGUGGUGGCCCUGGUCAAUGGAGGCAAAGCGGCAAAGAAGGGGUGGAAGAUGGAGAGAAUCGUUGGGUUUCACCAGCUUCUUCCGGCCGACAAUUCAUAGGGAAGAGGGCUUGCCUAAAUCCUUUUAGAGGAUAGAGUGAGGGUGACCUGUGAGUUAGCGGAGGCAGGGAAUGCUCAACUUUGCUUUAGCUUGCUACAAUAGUGUCAGUGUAAGACUAUGGCUGGGUUUAGAAGGAAUGCGUCUUAGAGGUGGAAUCCACAUGGCAUAUGUAUCGAAAUCUACGAAUUGACAACUUCUGAG